UGUUGUUGGCAUUUGCCAGUAGAAGGAAGUGGAAGAGGAAGAGAGAAAGCGCUGCCUUCUGCUAGUGCCUUGGAAAUUGGCGGCAGUUGACCGCAGCGACGAAGACGACGUCGCAUGCAUCACACACACAGGCGCACACACACACGCAUACAGUCGCACGUAUUGAGUAAGCGAGAGUUCGUCAUCAGGCAAAAGGAGGCGGGGAGGCGCCGUGUUCCGUCCCGUUGGCCCAUUGUGACAUUUGAUUUAUUUGACGUGUGUGUUUUUGAUAGAAGCUCAACACGAAACUGACACGUUCACACACACACGCACGCAUAGUCGGGCGCGUUCACACAGACACACACAUACAUACAUUCAUAUAAAGAGCAGCAGACGCAGCGUCGACGGCGCCGCUCUCAAGAAUUUCGAACGUGAAACGAAAAUAAAAUGAAAUACAUUUAAUUUGCGUGUUUGUGUUUGCAUUUGUAUUCGAACUUGUGUAUUUGGUUUAGUUAAGUGCGUUCGCGUUCGCGUUCGCCUCACACUGUGCCCAACAACACCAACAACAAUUCGCCAAUCGAUGUGCGAAAUUAAUAACGGUAUUUAGCAGCAGAGACAAGCGAAAUAGAGACACAAAAAACUAUUGACAAAAUGAUGCUACACGAGGCUGUGAUGCUGGAGAUCUAUCGCCAGGCGCUGAGUGCAAGUGAGCUGGCGAGUCCGAGGUGCCAGUCGCGGGAAUCGAAUGCCUCCGCGGCGGCCGGCGAUGCCCGCUGCCCGUCGAACGAGUCGCACUGCUCGGCCAAUGACUGCUUGACUCCGGCGCCGACGCCCACGCCCACAGCUGCCUCGCCCGUGGGCUUGCCGCUGGCCGCGACGCUGGCGCCCUCGGCGGCGGCUGCGCUGCUGCCGCCGCAGUCGGCUGCGAUGGCUGCCUACCUGGCAGCGGCGCAGCAGAAUCACCUGCUGCUGACCAAUCCGCUGGCAGCGGCCGCCUCGCUGGUGCAGCAGGCCACGCAGCAGGCUGCCUCGCCGCAGGCGCACAGGCACGAGCAGGAGGAGGCACCCGCCUUGGACUUCAGCAGGAAGCGCACGCCCAGCGACAGCGAAGCAGCGGCCAGCGAUGAGGAGCCGGAGGCCGAGCCGGAACAGGAGCAGACCGAGCAGGAGUCUGCGCCCUUGGAUCUCUCCGUGAGCACGCGCAAGCGCCAGACGCCAGGCCUGGAGCAGGACACGCCUGCGCGCAAGCUGCCACGCAGCACAGACUACAAAUCUCCCCUGCCACCUGGCAGCUGGGUGCCGCCCAUAAAUCCCUACCUGGCUGCCGUGGCGGCCAAGUCCGGGCUGGGCGGCAAGCUGGCGCCUAACGAGGCUAGCAAGGCGCUGGAGAAGAUGAGCGAGAUGAGCCGCCUGGAGACGCCGCCGCCCAGCGGCAGAGCGGCAGGCGCUGCAGCAGGAGCGGGUGGCAGUGCAGCAACUGGAGCUGCAGCUGGAGCUGCAGGCGGGGGCGGACGGCACAGCGCCUGGCAAUCGCACUGGCUGAACAAAGGCGCCGACGCAGCCAAAGACGUCUUCAAGUGCGUCUGGUGCAAGCAGAGCUUUGCGACGCUGGCGCUGCUCACCACCCACAUGAAGGAGACGCAGCACUGCGGCGUCCAGGUGCCCUCGCCGUCAGCGCUCGCCGGGCAGGCGACGACGACGCGCUCGGCCAAUGCAACGUCCACCAGCAACUCGAACUGCUCGAGCAGCAGCAGCUCCAACUCGUCCAGCUCCUCCAAGUCCGAGCUGAACAUGCUCAUCAAGGAGACGAUGCCGCUGCCCCGCAAGCUGGUGCGUGGCCAGGACGUCUGGCUGGGCAAGGGCGCCGAGCAGACGCGCCAGAUACUCAAGUGCAUGUGGUGCGGGCAGAGCUUCCGCUCGCUCGCCGAGAUGACCAGCCACAUGCAGGAGACGCAGCACUACACCAACAUCAUAUCGCAGGAGCAGAUCAUCUCCUGGAAGUCCGGCGACGAGCGGCCCUCGAACGGCGGCCAGGGCGCGGCCUCCUCCAGCAGUGCCACGCCCACGGCGCCCAGUGUCAGCGCCGUGCUGACGUGCAAGGUGUGCGACCAGGCGUUCGCCACGCUCAAGGAGCUCAGCACGCACAUGGCGCAGCAGUCGCACUACAAGGACGCCGGCUCCAGCUGCUCCUCCUCGGUGUCGCCGCCGGCGCCGCCAGCGUCGGCCGGCUCCGCGGGACUCGGCUCCAAGCGCGGGCGGCAGACGCGCAACGAGAAGCGCAAGAAGUCGCUGCCCGUGCGCAAGUUGCUCGAGCUGGAGCGCUCGGGCAGCGGCUCCGGCUCCGGCUCCAGCUUGGACUCGGCCCUGAAGCCGCUGCGCGACUUUGCCGCCGCCACGAAGAUCACCUGCGAGAAGUGUGGCAGCAAGAUCGAGACGGCUCUGUUCGUGGAACACAUACGCAAGUGCCUCGGCGACAGCAUACCCAUUCCGCCCAGGCGCCCGCCGGCCCAGGACCAGCCGCAGCAGCGUCUGUCCAGCCCCAGCAUGGCGCUGCACUCGGAGAAGCCGGGCGGCAGCUCGGGUGCGCCCUCCGUGCUCAAUGCGCUGGAGCAGCUCAUCGAGAAGAGCUUCGAGUCGCGCCUGGGCCGCCUGGCGCCCGGCUACCCGGAGUCGGGCACCCCUUUGGGCGCCAGCAUCUUGAAGCGUCUGGGCAUCGACGACAGCAGCGACUACACGAAGCCCUUGAUGGAUGCGCAGGCCAUGCAGAUGCAGCUGCUGCGCUCCUCCUAUCCGGUGCGGGAUCGCAGCGCCAGCGAGUCGAGCUCGGCCAGCCGCGUGGAGUCCGCCUAUACGCCGGAUCGGCAGCAGGCCACGCCACGCCGCACGCCCGACACGCCGGCCUCAACGGCAAUAGCGACGCCCUCGCUGCCACCACCAGCCUCCAGCUGCAGCAGCAGCACCACCACCACCAUCAUCAAGUCGGAGCCCGUCGAGCCGGAGUCCGGCGAAGCUGAGCCCAGCAGCAGGCAUCUGAUCCAUGUGAAGAAGGAGUUCAGCAUAGAUCAGGCCACAGGCAAUCCUCGCGAGAGUCCAGGCGCCAGCAGCGAACGCUCCAACACCUCGCCACCCGCCGCGCCCGUUCAGAGCUCCUUGUUGCCGGAGAGCGGCAGCCUCUUGGCUCUCAACUCCAUGUUCGACCAGCUGAGCAGCGUCGAGACCAACAAUAACAACACAGGACAUUGCUUCAACAACAACAAUAGCAGCAACAACAACAACAACAGCAAUAACAAUGGAAAUGGCAACGCAAAGAAGCCAAAAGCUCAUCCCUUGGCCGCACUGCAAAAGCUGUGCGAGACAACGGAUCCGCCAGCCUCGAAUACGCGCAGCUCCUCGACGUCGGGCAGCGCAGCUGCGGGCCUGGGCAAUGGCAGCGACUUGGUUGCCUUCAGCUGGGCCUGCAACGAGGCGGUGUUGAGCGCGGGCGCCGGAGUUGAUUCGAUCAUCAAGUGCUCCUUCUGUGAUACGCCAUUCGGGUCGAAAGGCGCCUAUCGGCAUCACCUGUCCAAGGUGCACUUCGUAAAGGACACUGGCGAGGAGACGCCGCCGCUGAAGUCGCCCGCAGCUGCGCAGUCGCCGAAGUCGCUGCCUCUGGCAUCGCCCAAGCGCUCGGCGUCGCGCAGUCCGGCAACGCCGGCCCAGCAGCUGCCGCAGUCGUCCCCGUCGCCAUACGAUGAGAGUCCGCAGUCCAAGUUCCUCAAAUACACGGAGCUGGCCAAGCAGUUGUCCUCGAAAAAUGCCUAAAGCGCGGCAGGAGCAAGAGAUUUGCACAGUGCAACAAAUUUUAAUAUCAACUCAAUUUGCAAUUGUGUUAUAUGUUGUAAGCGCUUUAACUCUUUUUGAUGAGCUCUGCAUUGAUUUCUGAUCAAAGAGAGAGCAGUGUGUCUGCAGACAUACUCUCUCGCUCUCUCUGAAUCGUUCGCUCUCUGCAGCCACAUUUCCCCUCCUUUGCUGAAUUGACGGUAAAUAUUUCCCCAAGCUGCGUUUGCCCCAUGCUGGCUGUCUGGGGAAAUCUCUGUGUGUGUGUGACGUCACAUCGCUGACGUCUCUGCUUCGUUUUUAUUGUUUGCCAAUUCGCAAGCAUGCCAUCACAUUCGCACGCGCGAGAGCCGUCCGAAAUUCAAUUACCACCACUUUGACGAACUGCUGUCCAUCAAAAAGUACUUACACACACACAUAUAUACACCCAGAAACAGAGGCACUUACACAGAUUAACAGUGCAGUGCAAUUGCAGGCGUGCUAAAGAGUGAGACGGCUGUAGUGUGCGCAGCUAUUUGACGAAAGGCGACGACAACAGUUCGUCAAAAUGAAAAAGAAAAACAAACACACACAAAAACAAAAUACAAAGCAAAAACAAGCUGACCCAUGCGAUUGGAUGGUGCCGUACAGCACUAAAAACAACAAUAGCAAACACUCAAAUGGGUGGGGGUACAAUUGAGUGCAAACGAAACAGGUCCGAGCGCACAAUUGAGCGCAGCAGACAGAUAGAAAGAGACAGAGAGAGAGAGAGCGAGUGAGCGAGCGAGAUUUAUUGAGUGAAAUAUAAGAUUUUGACUCAAUGAAAAUGCAAAAAGCGUGCCAAAAAAUGGAAAAC